GCACGAGAUGCUAUUACUACGACCAAAUUAAAGGACAGAUUACUUUUGCUGAAAAUGAAGGCUACAAAUAAGAUGUUAGGAACUUAUAAUUUAGGGAAGAUGGAUUAUGAAAUUCAAGAAGGAAAAGUAAUAAUUGACUAUGUUUUAGUAAUCAAGGCAACUCCUUCUGGGAUAGUGUUUAAAUUUAAUUCAGGAGAGAUAUCACCUCCUAUUCGAGGGGGAAUUGUAGGAGGAAUGGUUGGUGGUCCAGUUGGGGCAGCAGCAGGAAGUGCAGCCGGUUCAGCACUGGCAGCAGAUGAUGAAAAAAAAUCAAGUAAUGUCGAAACUAAUAAAGGGAUUGAAGAAACGAUGGGUUUAAGUAGU